UUAACAUUAAAAAUAUUUAAAAAUAUAUUUGUUUAUAAUAUAAUCACACUGAAUGGUGGUUUUAUUGGAAAAAAAUGAAGCGACAUUACAUGAUUAACAAUUGAACAUACAAAAUAAUUAAUGAUGGAUGUUUGUCACGCACCACAAUACUUACCUGACUUAGUGUUGGACAUAAUAUUUUCAAACUUGGAGCUGCCAGACUUGUUAAGCUGCAUGUUGGUCUGUCAAAAUUGGUAUCGUGUAAUUAAUGAUGGUAGAGCAGAACCAUGGAAAUUGAUGUGUCGUCGUAAGAUACCUAAAGAGCUACUGAAGUCUGAACUUUUAUCACAACUCAGCAGCUAUAAAGCUAAGUUACGAGCCUUAUAUCAUUCAUGGAAUCCAGACGAUUGUUCCAUGCAUAUUGUCGUCAAACAAAAUGGUUUUACAUUGCAUCGUAAUCCAGUUGCCCAGAGUACAGAUAUGGCACGAACUAAAAUUGGUUAUAGCAAUGGUAAACAUGCAUGGGAAAUUACAUGGACUGGACCAUUAGGUACAGUUGCAAUGGUUGGUGUGUCAACUAAAGAGGCGCCAGUGCACUGUAGCGGUUACUUACCUCUGUUGGGUAUUGACAAGCAUAGUUGGGGUUGGAAUUUAAUUGAUAAUGUUUUGUUGCAUAAUGGAGUAUCGCAUGGAAGCUACCCAUUGUUAAACAAUGCUCCUAAGUAUCAAAUAGGUGAAAAAUUACAAUUAAUACUAGAUUCUGAAAAUGGUACUUUGCACUUUGAAAAAUGUAAUGAAUUUUUAGGUAUAGCUUUUAAAAAUUUACCUAAUACUAAACUAUAUCCUUCGGUAUCAGCUGUCUAUGGUAACACAGAAAUAUCAGUAGUAUAUAUUGGUAAACCUUUAUGUGGUUAAAUAACCAUUAUUUUUUUUUGGUAAGAAUUCAAUCUCAUAGAAUAUAAUGUACUAUUUAGUAUAAAGUUAAAAUUCCUUUCUUAAUGUUUUUUUCUUAUUGAUUCAAUAAUA